AUGAGUGAAGUAUUGAAUGCUGAAAGUGUCAGACCUCCAGACAACGAUGCCAAAGUCAACAGUUACGCUGGCAAAGCUGGGGAUGGCCGAGAAAACAACACGACUCCGAUGGCAAGGUCUGCAGAACGUCGAGGUCGUGGUGAAGGUUUUGAUAAUAGGUCGAGGCAGUCUCUGUCAAGAAGUGACAUAAUACCUCGCGAUAAUAGGAAUAGUGCCUAUUCUGGACGGGAUGGAUACAGGCAAAAGGAUAAACCUCCUUACAGGAGAAGUACCAGUAGAGGGGGUACUGGCACUAUACAGAGUAACAGUAAUGCCCCAGGAAACAUUAACGGGCCAAGUGGUAGUGCGAACAGUCCGAAUCCGGCCCUCAAAGGAAGGCGAGCUGAUGAUGCUGUCGAGAGGCGAAGCAAUACAUCUAGCAGUCGAUCAGGAAGACGAGUUGAGGAUCUACAGAUCCGUCCUCGGCCACAGAUAAUAAAUCAAGGACCACCAUCUGGUACCGGUUAUGAGAAGAAAGGAGACAGUAAAGAUGUCAGUAAAGGUUACAUUGAGGAUCCUUUAACAAAGCUGGUAAAACGCAUCACACGAACUGGCUCAGAAAGAGAUCGACGUGUGACAUCAGCUCGACAACUGAGGGAGUAUCUCCAUGGACCAGAAAUUAGGACAAGCAAGUCUGCAAAACAGAUAUUUGAAGCAAUUGAUGGCUUGCAGAAUGUUCUGUUUGAGAGAAUCAGCAAAGAGCUCAAGCAUAAAGUUGCAGUCUGUAUAGGGUUGUUGGGAAGCUGCCUCUCAGGACAAGACAUUCAUGGAUUCUUUGAAUGGGCUUUUUCAAAUGUGAACGCAGCAGAUGAUGAUGUGAAAGUAUUUUUAUCCAUGGCACUCUUAGAGAUGCUCAAACAGGAGGAAGCACCACACAAAGCCAGAGAUCACAUUGAGAAUGUGAUGGCCAAUGUCCAUCAGAUGUUGGAGGCUGCCGUCACACCAAGCCUUCUCAUGGUCGUCUUGGACAUCAUCACGGUGAUUGCUCGAGUGUUUCCUCAUAUCUUUGGCUCAUGCUUCAGGGAAGUGACAGACAUUGUGAUUGGCUGGCUGAUUGACCCCACUCAGACCAUGCAUCUCAUUGAGCACAUGUCGGCUUCCCUGGUACAGCUUCAAGCGUUUUGGCAAGCAGACAUCCAGUUUUCCGUCAUGCUACUGGGUCAGUUCACAGAGGAUCUUGAGCUCAUGUUGGAACAGGAUUUGAACCAGGCAGUGAAUGAAACAACUCUGGAGACCGUAACAGCUAAAAUAACUGCCCUCCUGCGUGUGUUCUACACCGUGGUGCUUAGCCUAGGGGACUCCAUCAGUACUCUUAGAGGCGGACAGAUUACAGUGGAAUACUUAGUUGAGCUGUUGAACAAACUUGUUGCCAGUCUGGGGCCGGCUGUGAAAAUGGCACACAUGGAAAACAUCACCAUCCUGAGCAACGAUAGCAUCAGACUUAUCCUUCAUCAGCUGUCUGCAGAGAUGGCCAUCAGCUGCGGAGAACUGAUUUUACCCUACAUUAUUUAUCAGACCAGCGGGCCGAGAACAUCCUCAAACUCUGUAGCUGUGUCUACGUUGCGUCUGCUACACAAGAUUGUGGAAGUGUUCAGUACCCAACUGCCAGUCUAUGUGCUGCAGCAACUGCUGGGACCAGAAUCUUUGCUUCCCUUGUAUCGCUUCUCACAUUGCCCACAGGUCGUUACAGAGCUGAUGGCCCUAUACCAUUCUCUGCUCGCCCUAAAGAGUGUCCCUUUGCUGGAGGAAGCCUACAGGUUGGUGCUCAGCGACAUGGAAGUUUGUUACAAUAUCUUGCUGGUAGGCAGCAAUCAGAGUCAGCUACAGUUGGUGGCCGGCGACAACCCCUUCAAGACCAUCCAUUACAGCAGCAGGCAAGCUCAACAAGCCAUCAUGUUCAACGUUGGAGCUCUCAUUGAAAUCGCCAACACUAAGAGUAAUCUGAUAGGGAUGUGGGCACUCUCCCCUAGUAUAUUCACCCUGUUGUCGCAGAACCUCCAGGUGACGGACCCAUGGAUGAACAAGCACCAAUCCCCGGUGGUUUACUCUGUCCUGCAUGCCUUCUACUCACACUGCAACAGGCAUGCCAACUUCAUGUCCAGCAGUGUAUUGCUGGUAGCACCCCAGAUUGACGCCUCACGACUUGCAACAAUGAGUCAGGCAAACAACCAAAAUUUCUCAGAGAUCCUGCGAAUUAUCGUCACACUGUUGGACAGUGACAGCACUUCUUUUGAUAGCAGAUGCCUUCUCAUGAAAUGGACAUCUGACAUCAUUGCUUCACUGGCAGCCACACCUCACAUUUACACGUCAUCUGCUCUCAGCAGUUUAGUCAGCACUGUCAUCCUACAGGGAUACCACAGGGAGCAGCAGAUCUUCCAAUGUACGGCUCAGUGUCUGAAGUCAAUUUUCAAGAAGACCAGCUUCCCCGAAGUCAUUGUGAAAAAGUGUAUGGAGCUGUGUGUGUACAGACUAAGUGAUGUCAGAAAGCCAGUGAGGGAGUGUUUCCUGUCACUGCUGAAGAUUUUACCAGUUGACAAGAUUCUGCAUAUGGACCUGUUUGAAGGAGAAGAAGAAUGGAUGUCAAGUGAGAAAAGAAACAGAGAGGUUGGGCUGGCAGCUGCAUGGCAAGUCCGGAGGUCACACAUGGCCAGUCCUGCUUCAGGGAACUUCCAUUCACACAACUUUCGGCAUGUCAUGGCUUUUAUACUCAGUGGGACACCCCCAAGCCAGAAUGGUAGUUUCCAUUGGCUGGAAGCAAUGUAUCAUACCAGACAGAGAAAUGGCAAGCUGAAAAGCCAACAGGACCUGACUUUUAACCUGACAGAAGCGAUUAGCAACAACGAGUCCUUACAGUGGUUUUGGGCAACCUGGGAGUGUGCCCAGUUUGCCAUCGUCUCCCGCCUCCGUACUCCACUUGGGAAAGCUCCGGAGACAUUUAUGGCCAUUGAAGGUGUUAUCAAGGCAUUUGCCACAGAGUCUCAGAGCUUCAGCAGCUUGGAUGAUGCCCUAGAGCGCAGAGAUUGUGUCAGAGGAGAGAAAGUGGGUGAAUAUGUGUGCCUACAGCGUGUGCAUUUGUUGAUGAACUUCAUGGAGCACCUUGACAAGCUGCUCUACAAUGCCUAUGAAGGUUGUGCUGUUGCCAUGCCAGCAGUUCACAAAGUUGUGAAAACAUUCUUCCGCACCAAUCGGAACACUUGCCAAGAAUGGCUGUCGAGGAUUCGUAUGUCGCUUCUGACCAUAGCUGUCCACUGUGGCAUGUGGGCGACAGCUGUUCGCUCAGGCUUUUGA